CAACGGGAGCUGUUGUUAGUGUGUGUGUGCGUGUGUUUGUAUGUGUGUCACUGUACAACUACAAAGUAUUUCACCUAUGAAGAGGAUGCCCCAGGGACGGAGAUAGGCAAUUUGUCCCAAGAUUUAAAGAUUGAUCCAGCUGAUGACCCUGACACGUCGUUCCGCUUCAUGCAAGAAAACAACUCCUCUGUGAUUCAAAUGAGGGAGAUCGACGGACUUCUGAGUGUGGCAGAAACAAUUGAUCGAGAGCAGCUCUGCCCCAGGUCCCCGCGUUGCUUCAUCGCCUUCGACAUUGUGGCCUUCUCCAGAGAAAAGUUUCAACUCAUCCACGUCGAGAUCGAGGUGAAAGACAUCAACGACCACUCUCCUCAUUUUCCGCGCAACGACACGCAUCUGGAGAUAGUGGAGAAUGUUCCACUGGACUCAAGGUUUCCGCUACAGAUCGCCCUCGACCAGGAUGUGGGUGAAAACUACAUUCAGAGCUACAACAUUUCUCCCUCCAGUCACUUCGCCGUGGAAGUGCGCGACAGAGAGGAUGGAGUGAAGUUUGCAGAACUGGUGCUGGUGAGGGAACUCGACAGGGAGGUGGAGGACUCCUACACUAUCGAAGUCACUGCGUUUGACGGGGGAGUGCCUGCAAAGUCCGGGUCAAUGACUGUAAAUAUCAAAGUGCUGGACUUCAAUGACAACAGCCCGACGUUUGAACACAGCUCUCUGAAAGUUGAGCUGAAUGAAGACUCUCCGGUGGGUCACCGAGUUCUCAAAGUGCACGCGUUUGACCCGGACGACGGCAUUAACGGCGAGGUGAUGUACGCGUUUGCUGAUGGGCUGUCACCUGAGGCUGCGCGCCUCUUCCACGUCGACCCUUAUUCCGGUGACGUGACCUUGAAGGCGCUGGUUGAUUUUGAGAAGAAGAGGUCAUACGAGCUGAACAUCAGAGCCUCUGAUUUAGGCGCGAACUCUGUCCCGUCCAACUGCAAAGUUGUGAUAGACAUCGUGGACGUGAAUGACAACGCGCCUGAGAUUAGCAUCAAACCGAUGACCUCCAGCAGUGAUGGAGUCGCCUACAUCACUGAGGCUGCAGCCGCAGAGAGCUUCGUGGCUCUGAUCAGCACCUCGGACAGAGACUCUGGCUCCAACGGGUACGUGCGCAUCAGCCUGCUCGGGCACGAGCAUUUCACCCUCCAGCAGGCUUAUGGGGACACUUUCAUGAUUGUUACCACCACUACUUUAGACAGAGAAAGGAUCCCAGAGUAUAACUUGACGGUAGUUGCAGAAGAUCUUGGAAGCCCUCCUUUUAAAACUGUUAGACAGUACACCAUCCGUGUAACAGAUGAGAAUGACAACCCCCCUCUCUUCAGUAAGUCACUUUAUGAAGUUUCAGUCCUGGAAAAUAAUAUCCCAGGUUCAUAUGUGACCACUCUUGUUGCCCGAGAUCCUGAUGUGGGAAAGAACGCCAAAGUGUCUUAUAAACUCAUAGAUUCAGAGGUGGAAGGAGGAUCCCCAGUUUCCACUUAUGUGUCUAUAGAUGCACUCUCAGGGUCUUUGUUUACUUUAAGGUCUUUUGAUUAUGAGACUCUUCAACAGAUUGAGCUGGUAAUCCAAGGAGAAGACAGAGGUUCCCCCUCUCUUUCAAGCACAUCAACAAUCAGGAUUAGAGUUGUGGAUCAGAAUGACAACUAUCCAUACUUCACCUUCCCCGUCCUCCUGAAUGACUCUGCUGAUAUCCCCUUGCCUUUUAAUGCACCUUCUGGCUAUCUCGCCCUACGUGUAUCAGCUGAAGAUGGGGAUGAGGGAAUGAAUGGCGAGCUCUCCUACCAAAUCGUACAAGGUGAUUCAAAGCUUUUUACAAUGAACAAAGACACUGGAGAGAUUGCUUUGAAACAAUGGCUGACAGCUGAAAUUGGAGACGUGCUGGAAAUUAAAAUCGCGGUGAGUGACAAUGGCAGGUCCCCGCUCUCUAGCAGUGCCACUAUUAGGUUUGUUGUCUCAGACACAGAGCCCUCUGAAGACCAGGUCGUCAUUGUGUUGCGGUCAAGUGGUGAUGAAGAAGGCUUCGGUUUGGAUGGCUCACUAAUUAUCAUUAUUAUGCUCAGCGGGGGUUGCGCAUUGUUGCUGAUUGCAAUAGUGGUUGUUGUUGUCACAUGCAAACUCAGCCGUGGGGGGAGAGGCCGCGGCACCAAGAGGGAAGUGUGUCACAGCCUAUUCGACAGCAGGCCUCUGCCCAUGCUCGGCUCCGCAGAACCAAACAUAUACACGGGUCAACGAGGCUUCUUCCACGAGAGGACCUCCUCAUCUCUGGAUGAUUCCUGCCUGUAUGAGCAGAGGAGUGGGGACUCAGAGACAAAGAUGUUCCUGCCCUCCAAGCAUUUCCAACCAACGUCUGUGUGGCAAGGUGACAAAUACUGCUUGCAAGUGAGUGGCAUUGGCAACACCGACCAGCUGAGCGUGAAGGACAGUGGCAAAGGGGACAGUGACUUCAACGACAGUGACUCUGAUAUCAGUGGCGAUGGAGGAAAGAAGAACUUCAGCACCUUCCAACCGAGGCUAAAAAGUUCAUCCAGCGCUGCUAACAGCUUAUCUGGGGAUUGCCAAGGCACCUACUGUGCAAUACCAUCACAGAGCUUCAGAACCCCCAGAGACAGCGCAUACACCAUAGGCUUCUCCCCAGUGCCGGUCUUCAACAGUCCUCAUGGCUUCCCCCACUCAUGGAAGGACUCUGCUUAUGGCACAAAUCGGCCAAAGUCAAGGAGCAGCAUGCAGACCUAUUCCAGGACUGGAACCCUCCCUUCCUACUUUCCUCAGCAGCAGCAUGACUCUGGUGUCGGAGGUGCUGAAAUCCACAAGCAGACUCCAAAUUUUGUAACCGUGGCGACAGCAUCAGAGGUUGCGACUAUCUUUUAA